AUGAAUGAAAAAGAUGAAGAUGGAGAAACCGCACUUCAUAUUGCAGCACGGAAUAGUUAUAAAGAAAUUGCCGAAAUUCUCGUAUCACAUGGUGCAAAUGUUAAUGAGAAAACUAAAGAUGGAAAAACCGCCCUUCAUUAUGCAGCACGGGAUAAUUGUGAAAAAAUUGCCGAAGUUCUCAUUUCACAUGGUGCAAAUAUUGAUGAAAAAAAUAAAUAUGGAGAAACUGCACUUUGUAUUGCAAAACUUCUUUCACAUACAAAAACUGAAAAGGUUCUCAUUUCGCAUGGUGCGAAAUAA